AUGGCGAUGCCCUAUCAAGCUGUAAGAGCAAGAGUAUGUUCUUUUCAAAAAUGUCGAUCGAUAAUUUUGCCUCAGGAUUCAGGUGGGACGUCGGACAAUUUGAAACGGCAUGGUGUUGUGCUUGUUACAAAACCGUUCAACGCACACGACUUGCGCUUGUUAAUGGGGAAUUCGGCGCUCGCAUCCAGAUUCCAACAUCACAGGCAAUUUGAAGACGCUGCUGUACAGGGCAACCCUCUGAUUCGGUGUGAGCAUGUGGGUGAUCCACGUCGAAAAAUUGGUCAUGCCGAUGACAGGGGUAGGCAUUCUUGUAAGCACAAGAUGAGCGACUCGAAUCGACUAUCUCUUGAGAGCCUAACUCGCAAACCUCUGCCUCCCGUGAAGGAGCAGGUAAGUCGCCAUCAAGAGGAGCCCCAGUCCGAGAGGGACGCCAGCACUAUGCCAGUGGAUUCCGUGUCAACGAUCACUGUCGAUCAGCCGCACCCAAUACCCGUUAUAACAGUGACACGCUUUGGUGAUCAGGAAAAGGCGAAGACCACACCAAAAGUGCACAAUUGCCUGCCCGAGGUGGUUAAAACCUCGCAGGCAGUUCAGGUUCAAAAUCAGCCAGGUCUGACCGGGGUGCCACGCCACAAACCCAUCCAGCGCUCGUCACAGACGUCUCCGGUCAAAGGGAGGUCACGUAGUCCGCCACGAACCAACUCCGUGUCACCAAGGCCAGAGAGGAGUCAGUCAACUAGGUGCACAAACGCCGUAAGACCUCCACGUCCGGAGAGGGCACUUCAGAAACCCCUAUCCCAUGUGACCAGUAACUCAUCCGCCAGAAACCGUGAGACAAAGAUGUCACAAAACAGAAUGCAUCAUAGAGAACAUGAUAGACUAACCAGCCCUACAAAUUGCAGGCGAUCCAGUUCAGCAGGUCCUCAUUCAAGACACCCAACACCGAUGAACACUCCGAGGCGAGCAGUUUCGAGAGAUGUACCGAAGCGAGCGCCAGGUCUUCCACAAUCUCGAUUGGAGUACACCUUCUACAUAAGAGAUACGGACGAACACCGCAGACCCUUCGAUGAGAGCACGGCUGAUGCAAUAGCCCGCGGUUGUCAAUGCUCCAUCGAACUGAUCACACUAGGGAAGGGCUUCCCACCGAUUUUCCACAAGGGCGUUAGGGUGUGCCCAGUCACCAUCACCACUUCCAAUAUGACCAACCUGAGAAAAUGCCUUGCUAAACUGGACGCCCACUAUCCCGAUCUCAACGCCAAGGCCUUCCUUCCGCAUUGA